AUGGGUAUUAUUGAAAGAUUUAAUCGAACAUUAGCUGAGAAAUUAUUUCGGAUUCAAGAUGCACAUGAGUUAUUGUUACCUUUACCUAAAAGAUCUAGAGCUUGGGUUAAGAAUCUUCCUAUUAUUAUCAAGGAUCUUAAUAACACUGUAACUCGACUUCUUGGUAUAAUACCUAAUGAAGCUAUUAAAAAGAAAUUU